UUCUCUCCCAUUUUCAAGCCUCUCUCCCCAGAAAUUACAGAAGAAAAAGAUACCUUUUUUUUCCCCUCUCCCACUUUUAGAAUUUCAUCAUUGCAGAAUUCGACCUCUUUUUCUUUUCUUUUUACGGAUUUUUGACCGUGAGAUAGAGAAGCUGUUUUGAGCUUGGGAUGGGAAACUGCUUGGAUGCUACUCGAGUCCAAAAUUCUCAGAGCACUCAAAAUGCUUCUGAGCCAUCAAAAUCCACUAGCAGAACUGGCCUAUCUUCAGCCCCUUCCAGUCAGCCAAUGCCGUCUUACAGCGAGAAGGGCGGCAGUGAGAGUCUUCCUGCUCCACGAACUGAAGGCGAGAUAUUGUCGUCCCCGAAUUUGAAGGCCUUCACCUUCAAUGAGCUAAAAAAUGCCACUAGAAACUUCCGUCCGGAUAGCCUUCUUGGGGAGGGUGGAUUCGGCUAUGUUUUUAAAGGAUGGAUUGAUGGGCAAAGUCUUUCCCCUUCUAGGCCUGGAUCUGGCAUAGUCGUUGCUGUCAAGAAGCUUAAGCCAGAGGGGUUUCAAGGUCACAAGGAAUGGUUGGCAGAGGUUAAUUACCUCGGCCAACUUCACCAUCCAAAUCUGGUUAAGCUGAUUGGGUACUGUUCAGAGGGCGACAACCGACUUUUGGUUUAUGAGUUCAUGCCAAAGGGCAGUUUGGAGAAUCAUCUAUUUAGAAGAGGGGCUCAGCCACUUUCUUGGGCGAUAAGGAUCAAAGUGGCCGUUGGUGCUGCUAAAGGACUCUCAUUUCUCCAUAAUUCUGAAUCCCAAGUUAUUUACCGCGAUUUUAAAGCUUCAAAUAUCCUUCUGGAUGCGGAAUUCAAUGCGAAGCUUUCUGAUUUUGGCUUGGCGAAAGAUGGACCUACAGGGGAUCGGACCCACAUCUCCACGCAGGUCAUGGGUACUCAUGGCUAUGCCGCACCCGAGUAUAUAGCCACAGGUCGGCUUUCUGCAAAGAGUGAUGUCUACAGUUUCGGGGUUGUUUUGCUGGAGCUGUUAUCCGGGCGCCGUGCUCUUGAUAAGACAAGAGUAGGGGUAGAGCAGAAUCUGGUUGAAUGGGCGAAGCCGUAUCUAGGCGACAAACGCAAGCUAUUCCGGAUCAUGGACACCAAGUUGGAGGGCCAGUACCCUCAGAAAGGGGCCCAUGCGGUUGCUAACCUUGCUUUACAGUGUCUGAGCUCUGAAGCCAAAGGCCGCCCACGUAUGGCCGAAGUCUUAGCGACACUCGAACAGCUUCAAGCCUCAAAAGACACAGCCAAACACUCCCAAUCCGAAAAACAAGCAGCUUCCACUCCCAUCCGUAGAUCACCAAUUAGAAACAUGCGUUCACCAAUCAAUCUGACGCCUAGUGCCUCCCCAUUGCCAUCCCACCGGCAAUCCCCACGAGUACGCUGAGUGGAGAGAAUGCUUUCAAUCCGGUAUUUCCUUGUAUAUUUAUUACUUCACUGGUCUGCCUCCUUGUUUGGUAUCAUGCUUGAAUGACUCUGCAAGUUGGACUGACUCGUUUGGUCUUGAUUCAAGUCACGACUCGCGUGAGUCAGGGGUGAUUUGGGGUGCCGAAUGGGUCUGACCAAGUCCGAAUCACUCCGAGUUGACUUGGACGUGUCCAUGUGUGGUAGUUCAUAG